AUGAGAGAGAGAGCAUAAGAUGUUAUUUAGUGUUGAAGAACUACACAUUGACUCUCAUUGUCCUGCAGGAUCUUAUCAGACACUUUUUAUUCAUCUGUUUAACCAUUUCUACUAUGCUGUCCAUCUGGCUUGUCUUGGUUUCCUGCAUAGAUUUUCUCUUGUAUUCUUCUGCAGAGGAGGGUCUGAUGUUUCCCAGUUUUGAUGGCAAGGACAGAGUUCUAAAUGUCAAUGAGAGGAACUAUAAAAAGGCAUUAAAGAAGUAUGACAUGAUGUGUUUGCUGUAUCACGAACCCAUGCCUUCAGAUAAGGAGCUACAGCAGCAGUUUCACAUGAGGGUGAUGGUUCUGGAGCUUGCUGCUCAAGUUCUCGAAGACAAGGAUAUUGGUUUUGGAUUGGUAGACUCACAUAAAGAUGCUAAGGUUGCCAAGAAGCUUGGUCUGGAGGAGGAAGAAAGUAUCUAUGUGUUUAAGGAUGAAAGAGUGAUUGAGUUUGAUGGAGAACUCUCUGCAGAUACACUGGUUGAAUUCCUGCUGGAUCUGCUGGAGGACCCAGUGGAAUUGAUCAGUAACCCAAUGGAACAACGUGCCUUUGAACGAAUGGAUGAAGACAUACGCCUUAUUGGCUACUUUAAGGGAGAAGUCUCUGAACAUUAUAAGGCCUUUCAGCUGACCGCAGAGAAGUUCCAACCAUAUGUGAAGUUUUUUGCCACUUUUGACAAAAGGGUGGCUAAACAACUGACUCUGAAAAUGAAUGAAAUCGAUUUCUAUGAGCCCUUCAUGGAAGAGCCUGUCACCAUCCCUGGCAAACCCAACACAGAGGAGGAGAUAGUGGAUUUUGUCAAUCAACACAGAAGGCCCACUCUGAGGAAGCUUCGUGCUGAGGACAUGUUUGAGACUUGGGAGGAUGACAUGGACGGAAUCCACAUUGUUGCCUUUGCUGAGGAGGAGGAUCCAGAUGGUUACGAAUUCCUGGAAAUUCUAAAGGAGGUUGCAAGGGACAAUACUAAAAACCCAGAUCUCAGCAUAGUUUGGAUUGAUCCUGAUGAAUUUCCUCUGUUGACUACAUACUGGGAGAAAACCUUUAAGGUGGACCUUUUCCGACCCCAGAUUGGUGUGGUGAAUGUGACUGAUGCUGACAGUGUGUGGUUGAACAUGCCUAAUGAUGAAGCUCUACCGUCAGCUGAGGAGCUGGAGGACUGGAUAGAGGAUGUUCUCUCUGGAAAGGUCAACACUGAAGAUGAUGAUGAUGACGACGAUGAUGAUGACGACGACAAUGAUGAUGUUGAUGAUGAUAGUAGUGAUGAAGACCAUUAUGGUGGUGAUGAUGAUGAUUAAGUGGUAUAUUGAAAAACUAACCACAGUUAACUAUCUUUCCACAGAUUAACUUAUGGUUUAUUUAUUGCAGAAAUUAUUUGAUUUACUAUAUAACUGUCUGCAUUGCCAGCAAGAGACAUUUAUUAAUGUAAAACGCAAAAACAUAUAGUGACAUAUUACAAUUUUGGUGCUGCUUAUUCAUCUGGAACUGUAUACACUCUUAUAAAUAAAGGUGCUUUAAAAGGUUCUUCAAGCGAUGCCAUAGAAGAACCAUUUUUGGUUCCACAAAGAACCAUUCAGUCAAAGGUUCUUU